GCCGAAAUUAUAUUUAAUGUAAAAGUGAAAAAACUUUUUCACUUAUGAUACAUUAUAUAUCUUUUUUGUUCAAAUAGAGUUUUAGUAUUAUUUUAUUCAAAUUUGAUGUCAAGGCUUAAAGUUUAAUGAAAAUGAUUUUCUAUUCCUUUUUCUUGCUUAGCGCGUAUUUGUUAAGUUCAGUACAAUGUUUAUACUUCCAUAUUGGCGAAACAGAACGCAAAUGUUUCAUCGAAGAAAUUCCUGAUGAAACCACAGUAGUCUCACAUUACAAAGUAGAACUCUUCGAUGUGAGAACUGGUGGUUUCACUCCUCCAACUCCAGGUAUUGGCAUGAAUGUUGAAGUCAAAGACCCAGAUAUGAAAAUAAUUUUAUCCCGGGUUUAUAGUUUUGAAGGAAAAAUUUCAUUUACAUCUCACAUACCUGGUGAGCAUAUCAUAUGUUUGUAUUCCAAUACAACUGCUUGGAUUGGAGGAACACAAUUGAGAGUUCAUUUGGACAUUCAAGUUGGUGAUCAGGCCAUUGAUUAUGCUCAAGUAGCCCAAAAAGAAAAACUUUCAGACUUGCAACUCAGGAUUAGGCAACUUGUUGAACAAGUUGAACAAAUCAUCAAAGAACAGAGUUAUCAAAGAUUCCGAGAAGAAAGAUUCCGUCAAACCAGUGAGAGUACUCACCAACGAGUUUUCUGGUGGUCACUAUCACAGUUAUUCAUACUUUUGGUCAUGGGUUUCUGGCAAAUGCGUCAUUUAAAGAGUUUCUUUGAAGCUAAAAAACUUGUUUAAAUUAAUAACUGUGUUAAAUGUUUUAACAAAAAUACAAACCCAUCCUUAAUUGUAUUUUUGUACAUUUUGUAAAUAUUUAUAAAAAAAAAUCUGAUGUAUUCUGUACAACUAUUAUUAAUUGAUGGUUUUUCUGAAUAUAUGAAUAAUUAGAAUA